GGCACAUCACAACCGACAUCAUGUUUGAAAUUUUGUUUACCUCUUGAAGCUUGCUGUUUAUAGCGAGCAGCUUUAACCGACAUUUAUUAACAAAAUGGAAAGUUGUGCUGCUAAAAGGACAGAAAACACUGGUCUCAUCGGUCUGGAGUGCAAGCUACGUGCGUCCAUUGCACUGACCGAAGGAGACCAUCGCAGUGCGGUACUACAUCAAACCCAGUCGCUCGGAGCUUCAAAGCGCCAAAAAUACUCUAAAGCAUCCCGGCAAAGCUGUGAUCUCAACGAUUUGAUUGAGCAAGUAAUCAAAAGUGAAAUAAGCAACUCCACAGCAUCUCCGGCCGAUCGACCGGAUGGUUACACCGAGCUUUGCAAACGCUGUGAAGAACUGCCAGCAGAAUGGACAGUGAUACAGAUAGCGAAAGAUUACAAUCCCUUGGCGACCGGCAUGGUGCACGAGGAACUAGUCCGAGAACCCACCGCAAUAUGGUUAACCGUGUUUGCGUGCAGCGAUCCCUGCGGCGACACUCCCUUCGAACCGAUUCUGAUCCCGCUGGAACCACCGGCCGAAAAACCGGAUGCCAAGUUUCCGAACUACUUCGAGCACAUCGCAGUCAUUCCUUCCGAGGUGCGAAAUGCAAUCGCUAGCCACGAUUCCGCCGCGGCAUCGUCCGAUAGUCAAGCGAGCCGGCUCGAUAUCGUAGAACAGCUGAUAAGUUCCGCCGUUGAACGUACGCGCGAAUUGUUGGGACCGUGGUGCAAUCUGCUGGUGGGGAAGUUCCGUUCGACAACCGAUCAAAAGCUGGAGAAUGAAAUCUACAAUCAAAUCGAGGCGUUUUGCGUCCAUAAUCGAAUCAAUCGUACAGGCCAACGAUUGGUUUCGCUCGUGGCGCGUCGGUUGGAUCUGCUGGACGAUCGGCAGCUGUUUGAAUUGUGCUGCAGCGAGCAGCUCGAUCUGGAUGACGCCAAGGUGGAAGCGUUGUACGAUUUACUGUCCGAGUUGAGGGAACAAAAGUUCCACGAUAGGACGGAGGAACGGCUCAAUUGCUAUCCGGUAAUGCUGAUAAUCGAUGAACUGCUCGACAGCAUGCCCUGGGAGAUGCUACAUCCGACCGGUGAAUUUAGUCGGUUUUCCAGCUUCUGGGCACUGAGCGAAUUGUAUCGGGCGCACGCACCACGGAUAAAGCACGGGUACUUUACGCUUUCGGCUAACCGAUGCUUUGGUAUCAUAAAUCCUGAUAAAAACCUAGAAAAAAUGAGUGCUCGGCUGCAGAUGUUCUACAGGGAAUGGUUCCCGGAUUUCGAGCUGCUUAUCGAUCAAGCACCAAAGGAGAACGAUUUCGACGAUGUAUUAAACAACACGGAUGUUCUUGUCUACAACGGUCACGGGAGCGGAUUACAGUUUAUGAACGGUGAAACGUUGCUACAGCGCAACAUCAGCUGUGUAACGUUUCUGUUCGGGUGUGAUUCGGUCCGGCUGUUCUCCAACGGUCUGUUUACGGAAAUGACCGGUACGCACAUGUACUACAACGCUGCCCACUGCCCAACCGUGAUCGGAGCGCUAUGGGUACUGACCGAUCUGUUGACCGAUAUCUACUCGAUGCUGCUGCUCGGCAGUUGGAUACCGUCGACGAAUCCUGCGUACACCAAGCAAAACAUCUCGUCCCUCGAUACGAUGGCGUUCAAAGCGGGCAAGUGGCAAUUCAGCAAAACAUCCUCCACCACAAAAACGAUCAUACAGAAGCAUCCCAAUCUACUGAAGCUUAUGGGCGACUGCCGGAUGUUUUACCAGCUGCCGCAACGGAUCCGGUGUGCGCUCGUCUGCCGUGGUUUGCCCGUGAUUAAUGAAGCAUGCACCUAAGGUAGCUAUUUUUAAGUGAAACGCAAUCCGUUAAGUCCUGAUCCUUCUUGACACGCCGCCUGUCGUGGCCGGCCGUUGUGGUGUCGGGCGUAUGGCGCAUUCGAUUACCGUCAAUUGGAUAAUGGAAUGAGAAUAAUCUCACCCCUGAUUCAAUUUGCUCGAUCGGCCACAGUCCAAUGGGCAGCAAGUGGAGAGUGGAAAGUUUGAGCCGUCUCUCGAAAGUGUGUACAGUUGGAACAGUUUCGAGACGACGAUCGGCUUGUUCGCGCUGUCCGCAAAUACCUGUGCGUUGCUGGCACAGGACAGGAGCUUUUCAGUGUCGGAACCUCGUUUUGGGAACCGGAGUUCAAUUGAAACCCCAUCUGUAGGAGAACCAAAAAUCUGGUACAGUUGCGUGAACAGAAGGUACAAACAGUGUAUAAAAUUGCUUGUGAAUAUAUAUAGCUUAAAGCGUUAAACACUCUCGA